CAUUUGAGCUAAACCACAAAAAAAAAAUAACCAACAAAUAUUUAAAAAUUGCAACGCGAGUGUGAACGCAACAAGUGUGUUUAGCGCGAGUGCAAAAUAUUAAAAUUUUCAAAGUGGCUUGGAAUUCUAAAUAAAAUACGAAGAGCAGAGUAAAGCGUAAAAGUUUGCCCAAGUGUAUAAAAGCGAGAGGAGAGCAGCAGCAACAACAAGAACUAUCGUCAGACUAUCGCAACUAUCGUAUCAAUGCAAGCACAAGGCUCUUUAGCUAAGCUCAAUUCUCGACUUAGCUGGUUCCAUUUUGGUUUUUGGUGUUAAGUCUGUUAUUUUAAUUCUUGACAUCAUUAGUUUUAAUUUGUUUUAUUUUUGAGUGAGUGUGUUUUUUAUUCGCGUCAAUAUUUUGUGGAGCACGUUGAUGUCAGUGCUGCCAGCUGCCACGCCCAUUUACGCCCUAGCUGUCGGAGUAACGCUAGCCCAGUUAAAUAACUAGCGCUUCAUUUGCAAUUCGAGCUGCAGGAAUAGCCAGCUAGCAAGCUGGCGCCCGCGCAAGACGAUGUGCAUCGCCAACAUGGCGCUCGCAAAGUUGGUGGUUUUGCUAACAACAACAUUGCUGCUGUUACAGUGACGACGUCCAGCACUGAGGCUGAGCAGAAGCGCAAGCAUCGUCGUCAUCAUCAUCGCACACGCAAGCCAGAAGAUCAGCCACCCAAGCCUUGGCAACGACAGCAACCAGCGCAGCAGCAGCAGCAGCAAGCACAACAGCAACAGCCGCAGCAGCAGCAGCAGCAGUCUGAGCCUAAAACUCAAACGCUAAAAACCAAUUUAGCCAAAAAUCGUGAAAAGGAGAAACUAAUGGCCGAACAGGCGCAUGAGCGUCGCAUUCAUGAGCUCGAUCAGAAUGUCGAGCGUUAUUUUGAUGUGCGCAAGCGUCUGGGCAAGGGCGCCUAUGGCAUUGUUUGGAAGGCUACAGAUAAACGCCAAAAGGAUACUGUUGCUCUAAAGAAAAUCUAUGAUGCCUUUCGCGAUGAUACCGAUGCUCAGCGCACUUAUCGCGAGGUUAUCUUCCUGCGCGCCUUUCGCCAUCAUCCCAAUAUUGUGCGCAUUCUGGAUAUAUUCAAAGCUUCCAAUAAUCUGGACUUUUAUUUGGUGUUCGAGUUUAUGGAGAGCGAUUUGCACAAUGUAAUUAAGAAGGGCGAUGUGCUAAAGGAUAUACACAAGCGAUUUGUUAUGUAUCAGCUGAUCAAUGCCAUCAAGUAUAUGCAUUCCGGCAAUGUUAUACAUCGUGAUCUCAAGCCCAGCAACAUUCUAAUCGACAGCAAGUGCAGAUUGAAAGUCGCUGACUUUGGCUUGGCACGCACUUUGUGUCCAAAGCGUCGCAAUAAUUUGGAUUACGAUUGCAAGGAUGAGCUGGAUAAUGAGGCAAUGCUUACAGAUUAUGUGGCUACGCGCUGGUAUCGCGCACCAGAGAUUCUAGUUGCCAGUCGCAGAUAUACAAAAGGCGUUGAUAUGUGGAGUCUGGGCUGUAUACUGGGCGAGAUGAUACGCCAGAAGCCGCUGUUCCAAGGCACUAGCACCAUCAACCAGAUCGAAAAGAUUAUUAAUGCAUUGCCGGAUGUUACCGAUCGGGAUAUUGAAUCUAUUGGCGCCAGCUUUGGCUCAGUGCUGCUGAGCAAGAAGAUUGUGCGCGAUCGUCGCAAUUCAUUGGAUGAAAUGUUGCGCAAUUGCUGUGAUGAUGCAAUGGGACUGGUGAAGUCGCUGCUAGUGCUGGAUCCAGAGGGCAGACUUACGGCCAAGGAGGCCAUAAGUCAUCCGUAUGUGAGUCGCUUUCGUGCCUCGUCGGCCACCAUGGAUAUGCAUAGCGAUGUGAAGCCGCCGCUGGACGAUGAUGUGCGCUAUGGCGUGGAGGAAUAUCGUGGCACGCUCUAUCGCAUGAUUACGCCAGAACGUGCCGCUGGCGGCAGCAACACGACGCGGCAGAGCCAGCGACAGCUGCAAUCCUCCAGCAGCAGUGAGACGCAUUUGCCGCCAGAUUCAACGCUGCGGAAUAGUAAAUCUGUAUCCAAGACCAGAUUGCACUCAACGCAUUUUCAAGCAUUUGGAGACAAGGACACACCGAAGGAAGCGCAUAAUAAAACCUGGAGCGAGCAGUAUCAACUGCAGAAGAAGAAGCAACAGCAGCAGCAGCAGCAGCAGCAACAAUUGCAACAGCAGCAGGAACAGCUGCAAUUACAGCAGCAACAGCAGCAGCAGCAUCAACGUGAGCGUGGCAAGCGUUAUGCACAUGAGCAGCAGCAGCAGCAGCAGCAGCAGCAGCAGCGACAACAUGCGGCAAGUGGCAACUUGGAGACUACAAAGGUGGCCAUGCGCAGGGAGCUAGCUGCUGUGGCUGCUACAGCGCCGCGUUGCAAUACAGGCGGACUGUGGCAAGCGCCUGUGGAGACGCAGCCACAGUCACGUUUGUGGAAGGACACGCUGGGCAGGAAUGCUGCACUGAGUGCCAAGCCCAGCCAAGUGGAGAUGGAAUCAAAGUCACGCACACGUCUGCGCAAGCCGCGCAAGGAUAAGGAAAAGUCACAGCCAAAACAACAGCAGCAGCAGCAGGAGCAGAGACUGGCACAGGGACAGACGCAGGCUACCAUACAGGCUAAGGCACAGGAGCGUGCGUUGGCCCUGAAGCAGCAUCUGCUUCAGCAACAGAAGCAACAUGAGCAGGAAUUGUCACAAAUGGAUUUGGCAUUGACGCUGCAGCAGCUGCAGCUGGAGCAUCAGCAAUUGAAUCAACAAAAGAAACAAACUCAGCUGCAACACCAAACUGCAACUGCAACUGCAACAGCAACAGCAACAAGACCAACAGCAGCAACAAAAACAACAAAACCAAGCAAAAUACCCACAGCACACCAUAGCUCAGAUUUUGUUUGCUACAAGUCGCGUUUGAGUCACUUGGAGCUCGAGAUGUCCAAGUGCAAGCGCCAGCUGUUCAGCUAUGUGCAGGAUAAUCAGCAAUUGCUGCAUAAGGAAUCAUUGCGUCAUCAUAUCGAGCAACUGUUGGAGACAACGCUGCCAGUUGCAACUGCAACUUCAGCAACAUCCAUAGCUGCAACUGUAGCCAAUACGAACAUUGCUGCUGCAGCUGCAACAGCUGUUGCUGGUGCUGGUGCCGGUGCUGGAACGCAGCCACAACGCGAGCAAUUGAAGCAGCUGCAAAUGCGCGAGUUCCUGGCACGUGAUGAAUGCAAUGCCAAUGCUUAUGAGCUACCCGAUCUAUGCAAUGUCUAUAAGGCCAGUCGCCGUGCUGAAUCGCAGCAACAGUUGCAGUUGCAUGCCGCACGCAAUGAGACACAGCAGGUAGCACGUUCGUAUUAUAAACAUUUCAUGCACUCACUUACCCCCUCCUCAUCCUCAUCCUCACCCAUCUCCAACUCCAACUCCAUAUUCAAGCCACAGCAGCAAUCGCCCUAUAGUAGUGAUGGCUUGCAUAUUCAGGAAGCAAGCUUUAGCAAGGACUUUGAGCAGACAUAACAACCGGGCAGCGAGUAAGGACACCACAGCUCUACGACUACGUUUGUCAAACUCUUCCAAUUAAUAAAAGUGCGAAAUCGUUUAGAAAAUGUAAUAAGAGCCUAGUUUAAUUAGUUUUAAUUCUAAUCGCUUUAUAAGUAUGUGUACAUGCCAAAUGUAUUUAACAUGUACAUAUGUAUGUAUAUGUGUGUACAUAUGUAUAUGUGCAGUAGCUAAGAGGCAACGCAAUUAAUUAUAGCAUAAGAUUGUAAAAUUAUAA